GAGGAUGAGGUCCUCAGCAUGUUUGACGGCAAGGUUGCCUGUGCAGCCCUGAUAUCGUCCGCGAAGAGCCAAUGUGUGCACCCCGAAAGAAAGGAUCCCUACCUUUGUGGUGACUGCCCUCGCAAUUUUAAGACUUUCGAAGAGAGCAGGGGCCAGGUGUGCGCGGCAGCUGCCUUCGUGUCCUCAGCCAAGACGCAGUGCGUACAUCCAGAGAGGAAGGACCCUUACCUUUGCGGUGACUGUCCUCGCAAUGGAAAGUUGAUGAAGGCUCCCAAGGUGUGUGCCGCAGCAGCUUUCGUGUCCUCUGCCAAGACGCAGUGCGUGCAUCCGGACAGGAAGGACCCAUACCUCUGCGGGGACUGUCCGCGAAAUCCGAAAUUCACAAACCUUUGA